AUGGACGUGGCUGGUUUUCGGACGUCGCCAUUCAUGGCGGCGCUGAUGAGUGACAUUUGGAGUGGUGAGGUUCGUGCAUUCGCAUCGCACACUAUGUGGUUGGCUGGGUAUGUGAUCCCUCAACUUAGUGGUUUCCGCGCUUUGAUUUCGAUAGCACAGCCACGUGGCGUUAAUUUAGCCACAGUUUCUGGCUUCCAGAGGUUACGACUGCACGUCCGUCUGACGUGCGUGCUCAACAAUGUUCUUCAAUCGCAUUCGGCGCCCGAAGAACGCGGGUAUCGCCAAAUUUUGAUUCGAUUGGGUCGCACAGAUGUUUUCGACUCGCAACUUCAGGUACCUCGUCGCGCGAUCGGAGCAUGGUUUCAACAGCCAAUGAAGAUGCUUCUUCACCCAAUGUCACCCGUCAUAAAUGACGGGUGCGACACAACCGAGCAUCGCUUGCAGUUUUCCAACCCCCAACCGUCGCACACUCAGCAAGGCGAACCAAUUGGCUGCCAACAGUGCUAUGGCCCAGAAAUGACACGAGAAGACCUUGCUGCGCUGAGGGAUCAGCUGAACGCGGAGUUACUGCGUCAUGACUCCAACCCCGCGGGCCCAAACCCUCACCAUCAGUCAUUUUCGCAGCCACGCACUCCAGAAACAGCCGAAGAGCAGCAGCUGAACGACGCUACCACUACUGCUGCGGUUGCGGAUGCUAGGCCGCAUGAGCCCGAGACCCAAGAGGACAACACCCUCAACCCGUUGAUCGACGAGGGCGAAGGCAAAGACGACGCUUACCAGCAAGAUGAGGGUGACGGGCACCCCGACGAGUGCGAACUAGCUGAAGUUUUGGAGGAUCAGGCCGAGGAUGACCGCCCCGAGUCCCGUCGGCGCUCUGCCGCUGUCGCCGAUAUUGUGGGAGCUGUCGAAGCUGCUCAUGAGUCGGGGCGUGUUAAAAGGCUAAGCCACCAGCACGACCCAUUCCGGUCAAUGAAAACGUCGCACAGAACCGCGACCUGGAGCGAACGAUCGCGCAUCAGGCCGACACGUCCCGGCCCAUCCUCGUCCAACAGCGGCGGGCCUCCCGCAGCUGGUGUUGGUAUGCUGCACGCGUCAGCACGGCGCAGCAGCCCGUUGACAACCACCAACGCGAAUCGGCACGGGGUGGUACCAAUCGUGCGCGAGGGUGCUGCCAUCCCGCCCGUGCUGCUGGAUCUGUCAUUUUUCAAGCUCAAAUGCAACGCAGCUGUUAACUACUUCAUUGGGGAGGCUCCUGCGCGGGAGCAGUCGUUUUACCCCACCCUUUCAAGCCUUAGGCGUAAGUUUCAGGAGCUGUACGAGGAUGUGGGGGUGCCUUCUGACAUGUUCAACACCGUUAUGGCCGACAAUCCGGAGCGUGAGAAGAUCCCGAUGCAGAAAAUGUCGGAGCGUCGCUGCAACAUCUUCUCGGCGAGCAAGCCGUACGCUCAUGGACCAGGCGGGUAUAUCACUGAGAACAAGGUGCCCAUGCUUGCGGCUGAGAACCUCGCCCCAACGCGUCGGAGGACGGCAUCAAAAUGGCACGCGUUUUUCCGUGACGAUGUGUAUGGCUCCAAGUGGCACUGUGACGGAUCUGGCCGUCCCUUUGCCAACCGUUCUUUUGAGCUUGCCUUGUGCAAGGGCCUUGGUGGCAAGAGAUGCAACAGGCUCAACGUAAAAAUCCAGGCUGUCGCCACAAUCUGCCACGUGGUGGAAUGGCCCAUGGCGAACCACAACGGCCACGCCAACCCGUCCCUCGAUGCAUCUGAUGAGAACAACAGGGCCGCUGUUGCUGCAAAAAUCCUGGUUGUGAUCGCCUGGAUCAAGGCAAGACUCGAAGCUGAUGAUGAUGUUUACAACAGCGAAGCGCCAGCUGGGUUUGUCAUGGGCAGAGGCGCAGUGAAGAUCCUUAUUGAAGGCUUUGAGGCUGAGUUUGAUGGGUUGGUGUAG